CCGGUAGUAUGAGGCUCUGAUGAGACCGGAGAGGACAGGAUGCCCGCCAGCGGCGCAGACUCCCUGAAGCCCAGCGCCUUCAUCCCGGUAUGCACGGCCGCCGUCCUCCUGGUCGGCUCCACCUCCCUGUUCUUCGUCUUCACGUAAGUGCGACCCUACAAAUGAAAAGUUGGAGACAUGCAUUGUUGGUUUGCGCAACAGAAAAAAAUCAUCCAUCCAUCCUGACACCCAUCGCUGUUCAUCCACCAUGCAUCAGAUGCCCGUGGCUGGCUGUGAACAUCUGCCCUGCUGUGCCACCAUGUUGUGCCAUCCUCUUCCUUUUUGUGCUGGCCAACUUCACCAUGGCAACCUUUAUGGAUGCUGGUGUGCUUCCAAUAGCAAACGAGGACGAGGACAAGGAUGAUGAGUUCCGCGCCCCGCUGUACAAAAACGUGGAUGUGAAGGGCGUCCAGGUGCGGAUGAAAUGGUGCGCAUCGUGUCACUUCUACAGACCCCCACGCUGCUCCCACUGCAGCGUCUGUGAUCACUGUGUGGAGGACUUUGACCACCACUGUCCCUGGGUGAAUAACUGCAUCGGGAGGAGAAACUACCGCCACUUCUUCCUGUUUCUAUUUUCACUGACAGCUCACAUGAUCUGUGUCUUCACCUUCGGCCUCAUAUACGUCCUGCACCACCGGGACGAGUUGUGGAAGCUGCACUGCACUGUCACUUUGGUGGUGAUCAGUAUAUCAGGGCUGUUUAUUCUCCCGGUCCUGGGACUCGCUGGAUUCCACCUGUACCUGGUGUCCAGAGGACGAACCACCAAUGAACAGGUCACUGGGAAGUUUCAAGGAGGAGUAAAUCCUUUCACACGAGGUUGUUGUAACAAUCUGGAGUAUCUGGUGUGCAGCCCCAUCGCUCCAAACUACACAGCGAGGCCCUGUAAGAAAGCAGUGAUCCACGUCCAGGCUCCGUUUCUGAGACCAGAGAUUGACAGGCAGAGGCCGGUGAAGGUCAGGGACAACGGGAUACAGAGUCAGGAUCUCCAAAAUAAACGAACGUCAGCUGGAGCUGUGGAGCCUGUGAAGACCCCUCCACCGCUGCCCCCCAAACCAGACCACGGCCUGCUGAAAAGCCAAUUCACUGUUAUGGAUGAAAUGGGACAUCAUACCAAAUCUAUCAUUCCUGUAUCAAUUCCCACUGUGCCGCAGCUACGGCCUGUCCUGGAAGCUAUAUCCAGAGGAUCGUCACCCAUUCCUCCGGAGCAGUUGCUGAAGACAUCAGAUCAGCAAGGGAACACCAACAGGCAUGACUCCCGCUCUGAGCCUAAAGAAAGCCCUGCGAGAGGAAGUCAGCAGGCCGGACUUCCUGUCCAGACCAACAGCAGCUCCAGCCCGCUGCAGCUCAACUCUCUGACGCUCAACUCCCGCUCCCUCACCCUCAGACACAACAGUCGCCACGGCAGCAAAUCUCACCUACCUGCCAUGCACGGUGAAGGUUUGGGAUCCAAUCCCCCACCGGGAAUCAUCCACUCUUCCAGCCUGCUGGCCAACCACAGCAGCAGCCUCUCCUACGAUAACAUCAUCAACCCUGCAGACCCUCAGUUCCUGGCUCAGAGAGGGGCUCCUCCGGUGGGCUACCACCCUCACUAUAUGACUCUGGGCUCAGACGGGACUGUGGUGCAGCGGGCCUCUCCUCACGGCUACAGCCCCGUGUUCAUGGGCGUCGCCAGGCAGUCCCCUCAGCCUCGAGACUCGUCCCCCUCACUGCAGGGUCUCUCCUCAAGAGAUCCCUCGCCGUCCUUCCAAGGUUUCAUCCAAAGAGACCCUUCUCCCAAUUUUCAAGGAAUGAUGCCGAGGGACCUGGCCUCCCAGAGCUUAACAUCGCGAGACGUCGCCCCUCCAGGUCUGGCGAUGCGAGAUCUGACCUCUCAGAGUCUCCGAGACAGCCUCCGCGAUCUGGGUCCGCAGGGUUUGGCGCCUCAGAAGUCUUCCACUGCACGCUACGACAGCUUUUCCAAAACCAUCAUGGCAUCCAUCCAGGAGAGACGAGAGAUGGAUGAGAGGGACAGGAUCCUGCGUCUCCAAGCCAGGACCCAGGCCCUGUACGGCCCAGAUGUGGGGAUCUAUGACAUCCCCAGCAGGAGGAGUUUACCGCCGGAGAACAUCCGACCCCCGGGCUCCCGUGGCCCCACUCCUCCGGCCUACGGCUCCAGGGAGUUCCUGAUGAGUACAGGCAUCCUGGGGUACGGCAUGAGGACCUCGCCUCUCUCCAGCUCCUCCACGUCGUCUCUGACUCGAGGCCCGAAAACGUCCAGCUCCCCCCUGCAGAGCAGCAGCAGCAGCAGCCUGCAGAGCAAGGGCCGCUCUUCCUCUCCGGCGUACGGCCCCCCGGACAGACAGACUCAACCCCUCCCCUCUUCUACAUCCACUCUGCCCCGUUUACCCUCCUCCUCCACCCCCUCGUACGCCUCCUACGCCACCACUAAACGAUCCUCGCUCCCAUUCUCCUCCGAGGGGAAGGACUCAGUCACUCUGGGAGCCCUGAAAUAAAUACUCCCAAGUUUCUGAUGGUGUGAAUGAAUCAUCUAUGCAGUGUUAGUCUCAGUCUUCACAGCUCCGAAAUACUUUGUAAAUAAGAGGCCAUACGGGACUUUCAUCUGUGGGAGGGUGUGCGAGAACACACAGUGGAGGACACAUUUAGGAUUAUUCAGUCAUGCAAGUUCCAAAUCUGCAAAACGGUGAAUCUCAGGAUAGUUGUGCGUCCUCUUACAAACAGAGUGAGCUCUACAAAAACUCAGUCAAACCAGAAGAGCUAUGUGAAGAAUACAGGUUAACUUAUUAUCUGUUUGUAUGUGUUUUGAUAUUGCUUUUGUGAAACAAUGUAAUACCAUAUCAUCCAAUAUGUCUCCCGCUGAAAAACACCCAUUUUAAUAGAAUUUUGUAGUUGUUUAUAUGAAUAAACUUAUUUUGUAAUUUUAAUUUCUGUUUGAACGCUAUUUUCUUAUCUGAAUGGCUGCCAGUGAA